AAACAAAACAAGAUCACAUCCACAACUUCUAGUUCAUCAUUUGGAAUCAAUUUAUAGAAUGAAUUGCAUCGCUUAUCGUGGCCAUUCUGGCAUUCUUCGCAGACAAUUUAAGUCGAUGUUGUUCAAAAUUACUUCAGAUGGCAUUGGAAAUAAUGCUUACGGAAGAUAUGUCUCUCCCAAGAGCUUCCACGACCCAACCGCCAGAGCUUUCUCCGCAAUCGAAGUUCAAAGCAUCACAAGGCAGCUGAGGAAGUUAGAUGCGAAUGUAGUGUGGAAAAUAGAAGAAGAACUGCGAGAAGUUGACAAAGAUUGCGACGGACGGUAAGCAAACUUUUGAUUGCAGGAUGCUGUAUCGACAUUAAAAAAUUGUUGAACAAGCCGAGGCAAAUCUCUUGCUCGAUCGAGCAAUAAUGACGGAUAAAACACUUAUAUCAAUUCCUUUGAUUUCAGCGUCGACGCCGAUGAUUUGACCAACCUACUAAAACGCCAUCAACCCACAUUUACGGAUGCCGAAAUUGUUGAAUUCUCAGAACUUUUCUACGCUGGUAAGGCUGGAGCCAGUAUGAGUGUCACAGACUUUAUCGAGACAUUGGAUCAGGUGGCUUCGGGUGAUGAAGAAGGCUUUCGCAGGCAUCCUAUUCUCGAUGGCAAUUGUUCUGCUGAAUAUAUCUAUCGAAAGUCUCACGAUUCGUACACUCAAGAAGAUCUGGAUAUCAAACUGACCCACCGCAAGCCAGAAACUUUGUCCGACCGAGCGGCAUUUCAAGCAGUCAAGGUUGUACGAGGAAUUUUCGACACCGCUACUGGUUGGAGCAACGAAAAGAUUGUUACCCAAGAAAAGAUACUGAAUCGGGUAAUUUUCUUGGAGACUGUUGCCGCUGUGCCUGGAAUGGUGGCUGCCGUCACUCGACAUUUCCGUAGUCUCCGUCGAAUGGAACGCGAUGGUGGCCUAAUGCAUUUGUUUUUGGAGGAGGCCAAUAACGAGCGCAUGCAUCUACUUUCCUUCAUCAAGUUGAAAGAUCCUGGAAUGAUGUUUCGUGGUGCCGUCAUCUUCUCGCAAUUUGGUUUCGGGACUGCCUUCUUCCUUGCGUACAUGGCUUCCCCAAAAACUUGUAAGAAAUGAUUGUUCCAAAGUUGAAAUCGCAGUUCGAUCCACCCAUAAACACCAGGAAAUCUUACAUUCUCUUUGGAUCUAUCUCCUUUUCCAUUCUUUUGUAAGGCCAUCGAUUCAUUGGCUACAUAGAAGAGGAGGCGUGUCAUACCUAUACUACGAUUGUCAACGCAAUCGAAAGGGCGCCCGCUGGAUCGGAACUGGAUGCAUGGAAGACAGAAAAGGCACCCGCGAUUGCUAGAGCAUACUGGAAACUGGGAGAAAGCGGGACUGUCCUAGACCUUGUAUAUGCUGUUMGGGCCGACGAAGCAGAGCAUCGUGAUGUGAACCACGUCUGCGGUGAUCUCCAAGCACUCGAUUGUGGAUCGAAACCGACCAAUCCCUUCAACGAUCCAGAUACGAAGGUUAGUGACCUGCUUCGAAAGUACGUGAAAGAUAUCAUGGCCCGAAACAAACCUGACGGCAACAGCGAAGACAAGAAACUAGCGUCUUUCUAAAAAAAGUAGUUUAGGAAGAGUAUGUUGAACCGUGUAGUAAGCAAAUAGUGAGGGAUUAGAAUAAACUCCACCGGCAGUUUAAACAAAUAAUAAACGCACUGUGAAGAAUGUGUGCCCGGAGUCGAAAUUCAUCGUAUCGGUAUGGACAUAGCAGGAAAAUCCAGACGGGACGAAUUCUACCAUCAAUACGAGAAAGUGCCGCUCAUGAUAGUCUCUACCACUACAGGCAGUCUUUAAAUUCAUUUUGUAGGUCAUGGGAGAAGGGGAAAUGAACGAAUUCUAAUUCAAGGCUUGCUCAUUUUUGGAAUAACUAAAAUGUUGGUCGCUUAUUGUUCAAAAUUGGGUGUGCGAGUCGUCAAAACUGCGGCUUAGACCCUAGCUCGCAUCGAAGGAAAUCUGCCAGCGUCUCAUAUCCACCCAGAGCGGGGUCUCCUCGUUUUCGCUUAUAGAUUCGUUCUUUUUCGUUGUUCGUGCCUUCGUUGGUUCCGUUGCUAAAACCCUCGCUUUUGGCGUUGCUGCUGCUGUUACUCAAUCCCGAAGCCAUUUGCUCCAUGAUGAUGGGCCCGUGCCGAAUGAGAUAAUACAUGCCAUUCAGAGAGUUCUUGACUGGAAUGAAGUGCGGAUACCGUGAUUGUCGGGUAAGUCGGGCUAGUACUAGGGGCCAGGCCCCCAGGGCUAGAGGGCACCGUUGCUGCUCGCUCUGUUGUUUCCUACGUUGUUUUUCUUCGGUGGUCAGGGGGACAAUCCCCUCGGUGUAGCCACCGUUUCCCGGAGUAAGUCCAUCACGCUCUGAUUUGUUUUGGUGGGAUCUCAACGUAUUGGUGUUGUUGUUGCUCCCUGCCAGCAAGAGGAACCGUCCCGCUCUAUUAAUGUCCAACAGGUGCUGGAUGUACCUGGAGAUGGACAUUCCAUCUUCCCAUUCCAGGUUAGACUGGAUCAGCUGCAAUUCUGGAUAUAUCUUGAGCAGCUUUAACAACACAACAGAGGUCUGGUUGGUCAUCACCAGAGGAUUGUUGGUUAGCCGAAUGGUCCGCAAUCGGCUACUUUGGGGCGGAAAGCGGUGGUUGUGUUUCUGUGACGGAUUCGAAGAAUCGGCGCUAUUGGAAGCAAGGAAUAGCUCAUGGUUCGGGUCCGAGUGGUUCGCAAAGAUCUCUAGUCCCUGCGUGGUGAUCUCGUUGAACCGCAGGUCGAGUUCUUCCAGGUGGGGAAACCGGUGUCUUAUCAAAAAGGCCAAGUCUUUCAUGUCGGAAUCGUCUAUCUGGUUCCCCUGGAGCACCAGCUUUCGAAGGUUUGGGUAGAUCCGCACGUCGGCAUCCCUUGUGGUGCAGUUUCGAGUAAGAAUACCGAGCUGGAUGUGCUCCCCCGUCCCGUAGGUCUCCUCUGACGUGAAUUGGUAACUGAGCUCUAGGGUUUCCAGCCUGCAGUAAUUUGUGCUGCUGCUUCUCCCACCGUUUGUGCUGGGAUCGUCGUUGAUGCUGCCGACAACCCCCCCCUCAGGCAUCCACGAGGGAGGCGACAUGAGCAUCCGAUCAAGGGCCUCCAAACCCAAGUUCCGGCAGGAGUUUUCCGACAAGCAGAGGUGCUUCAGUGUUGGGUGACUGGCCAGGGAGUCAAAGACGAGGGCGAUCUGCGCAUCCGUGAGCCGGCACCGCUCCAGCUGGAUGGUGGUGAGAGUCCGAUUGUUUGGAAAUCCCUCGCACAGCUCCCUCACAACCACAGUCCCAUCGCUGGGGGACACCGGUGCCGAUCUCGACUCGUCGUUGUCGUCAGGCUCGUCCUCGGUUUCGUCGUCGUCAACGAAUCGGACGCCCUCCAUGACCAGCGUAUCGAGCCUGCAGCCCGUCCCGGUCUCAUCGUUGGUUUCGAUUCCGUACAUCAGGGAUUCCGCGUGGUCUCUCGUGAUGGGAAGAUUGAUCAGCUCCACCUUUCGCAGUCGCCUAGAAAAGCGCAUGCGGAACCCCAGUGCGUCCAGGGCAAAAAUGUUAGAUUGAAGCGGUCCCCGGGGAUCCAUCCCGUCGUCAUCGUCGCCCGAGUUGGCACCACCGGACGCCUCUUGACACCCCCGUCGCACGUUUGCCGCUGCCUGGAGCUCAGCCGCCUGCUCCUCUUCCUCUUCCAUGUUGCCCUGCAGUUCGAACUCCCGAAAGAGGUCCAUCCCCAUGGAGGCCUCGAUGAGGUAUUCAAGGAAGGGAUUUGCAGGGCAGUUGUUGAUACAUAGCUUCUCCAGCUUCACGUUGCCACUUUUUGUGCUGCCGUUUGGAUUAUUCUGGAUGACCCUGGACGUUACUGGCGUCCGCCUUCCGCUGUCUAUCGUGAAGUGCUGGCGGUGCUGCGGGACUUGGUGCUGCUUGGAGGAGGUUGGUGGCUGCGCAGACUCCUGUUGUCGUUCCCGAAAGAGAAUGACGGCAGCGUGGAGGACCGCCUCGUCUACGUCUACCGCAUCAAAACCGAUGCUCUUUGCGGCGCGACGGGUUCGCUCCAGGUUCAAUCGCUCGACAAUAUGGGCCGAUCCAGACCCCCCGUCGAGGUUUAGGAACGACAUUCUUUUCGCGACGUGCGAACCUUCUCGUUGUUGCUGCUGUCGCUGUGUCGAUUUUGUAGCUAUGGCUUUAGGUUGCGAAAGCCGUCGUUCGGUACGGCAGUGCUGCGGUGUUGUGACAUGGAAAUCAGUUUGGGAAUGCAGGCUUCGAUGAAAGUUUCGCUCCGAAAGCUUCCAGUACUAAAUGAAGGAUGUCGUUGUUGAUACAAUUUGUCAACAAUCACCGUGUGAAGUAGUCUGGUAUGCGUGAAGGAGAAUGAAAUCCAGUUGGUUACAAAACGCAGGUGUCGGAGUAGAUGCAAAUACAUUUCAACUUCCCUACCGUACACAUCACAGCCAAAGCCGAAUCAUCUCUUCGAUUCUUUGCAUUCUUCAUUUAGAUUCUCUGUGAUACAAAGAAGUGUAGCGAGUCAUGUAGCAGCGAACAAUUUAUUUUUCCAUCCGAGUAGUGAGUCACAGCCGAAAAAUAAUAAGCAUCAUCCACAUUG